AUGAAUCUCUUCAGAUCCGCCCUCGAGGCGCGUUGCACAGGGAUGCGUGAUUCGUCACUCAACGCGGCGGGUCUUGCAAGCGAUUCUCGCCACACUACUUCCAGCAUUCUUCUCUCAUCGGAGGGGAAGACGGUUAUCGAAGAGACUGUCGUCCUCUUUGCUCCUGUGGACGAAAGUGGGGUUCGUAGUGGAAGACGCUUGUUGAAGCGACGCGCGGCGGUCCUUUGCUCUGGGGAGGUGCGGCCGUAUACCGCCGACGAGGUGCAGGCCACGGCGGGGAAUGAAUUAGCGUCAGGUAAGGCGGUGCACUUAUUUAUCGGACAUUAUCGCCAGUCUACCGCUCCUGGUUCCCUUCAAGAGAAGGCAAUUAAGGAGGGUUCUGGGAGGAUGUACUUUGCCGAUGGAAGCUUCUUUCUUGGAAACUGGGUGAACAACCACCGCUGCGACAUGAGGGCGCUCUACUCCUCGUUUGGUUAUGCCUACUAG